CUUGAGUGCGGACGUGUGGUGCGCUUGGACUUGCGAUUUCCUGCUGUGUAUUGCGGUGUCGUCGCUUCGUCGUGUCUUCCGGAGCGUGGAUCCCCUGGAUUUUUGCGGUCGUUGUGCAAGUGCGCGGCAGUCACGUACAGCCGUUGCAGCAAAUACAAAAAAUAUAGAAACAGACAACCAAAAAAACCGCCAGAAGUAUCCAAAUCAAUUGUGGCAAAUAUUGUACUUUCGAUGCGCGCUCGUUGAUUGAUUAACACAUCACCUCCUACACACACUCCAAGUACCCAGUACUCACUUAACUGUGGGGUGCAAUCCACUGGAAUUGGAAUUGCGCGGUGUGCAUCAUCAGCGAAGAACGUUAAGAAACGCUGAAAGUGCCGCGACUGCAUUGUUUUGACUUUGAUCGUGUGUCGUGGUCUCCGCCCCUCGACCCCCUACCCCAGCCCCUAACCGAAGCGCGUGCGUGCUGUAACUUUUGAUUAGCUCAGGAGUCGGUCUUGGAUUUCGAUUCGGAUUCCGAUUCGGAUCUUCUAGUGCGCCUGCGUUUUUCGUAACUUAUCGCCGCCCACAUCUCGCCCUGGCAUUCGCCGCCGUCGUUGCGGUUCGUUCUCCUUCUUCAGAGUCAACCGUUAGCCGCUGAGAUGUGCGUCCAAUUUGUGGCGAAAUUAAUUAUAUAAUUUCCGAACACUGCCAAAAUCCCCGUGAAAAUCAAUUGCUCAAAAGAAGAGAAAGAGAAGCGCUUGAAUAGACACGCCACGCGGUGCUAAUGCGAAAGGAGACUCCCCGACAAUCGCCAGAAAUUGUAAAGAAAUAAAUUAUAAAAUACAAAAUGUCUAUAAACAAUACAAGACAUUCGCCAUUCGGAUUCGCUUGGAGCACAAGCGCCCUGCUGGUGCUCGCCGCCUGGUGCUGCUACCUCGGAUACUUCGGAUCGGAGGCCCAUGUGGCCCUCACCUAUCCACCUGCCCGCAAAUACGAUCUGGACUUUCUGGACAAUGCGCGGACGAAGGCGCCUUGUGGCAUGCCCAAAGGCUCCAUCCGAACCUCGCUGCUCUCCGGAACGCAGUUCAACGUCACCUGGCAUCUGGCCUAUGCGCACAAGGGCGGCUUUCGGUUGCAACUUUUGGAUGUGCUCGACCGACCUGUUUUGGACCUAACCCCACAUGUGAAUAACUCGGAAUUUGUGAGCACGGAUGUCACCGCUCAAUCGUACCAGGUGAAUAUACCGAAAGACUUCGAGUGCUUCAACUGCACUCUUAGGCUGCUCCGUCAGGCUGAUGAGUGGUCCACCAGCUACCGCUUUUGGUCCUGCGCCGAUGUGGAUAUCAAGUUGCGCAAGGACUUCAAGGAAACCUGUUCCGGCAAUGGCAAGUACUUCCCCUCGCGAUGCAAGUGCGACAAGAACUUCUACGGCCCGCAGUGCCAGUACAAGGAUGAGUGCUCCGUCGACUCCGAUUGUGGUGUUCAGGGCAAGUGCGAGGAUCUUGGGGGAACCUCGCUGCCCCGGAAACAGUGCUACUGCAACUUUGGCUGGUUCGGAAUCGGAUGCAACAAGCGAUCGCCCUACAAGACCACCAGUCUCGACCUCUCCUCGUAUGCAAAAAAGGAGCUCUCGCCCGACUACCACGUUUACUGGAGGCUGCUGGAGGAGCAGAAGGAGAUCGAAAUGGUGCUCAAGGUCAACAGCACCUCAUGGGUAGGAUUGGGUUGGAGGCCGCGUGGUAUGACUCCGGAGUGCAAAAACUUCCCGCUGGUGCGAGACAUUGGAGAUCUGACCACAACGGUAGAGGGCCCAGCUCCGGAACCCAAGAGCGAACCAGAACCUAAGAGCGAGCCGGAACCCAAGAGCGAGCCGGAACCGAAGAGCGAGCCGGAACCCAAGAGCGAACCGGAACCCAAAAGCGAACCGGAACCCAAGAGCGAACCGGAACCCAAGAGUGAACCGGAACCCAAGAGCGAGCCGGAACCCAAGAGCGAACCCGAACCCAAGAGUGAACCGGAACCAAAGAGCGAACCGGAACCAAAGAGCGAACCGGAACCCAAGAGUGAGCCGGAACCUAAGAGUGAACCGGAACCCAAGAGUGAGCCGGAGCCCAAAAGUGAACCGGAGCCCAAAAGCGAACCGGAACCUAAGAGCGAACCAGAGCCAAAACGCUUAGCCGAACUAAGAGCGGCACCGGAAACCAAGAGCGAGCCAGAGCCCAAGAGUGAGCCGGAACCAAAGAGUGAACCCGAACCGAAGAGUGAACCGGAACCCAAAAGUGAACCAGAGCCGAAGAGCGAGCCGGAGCCUAAGAGUGAACCGGAACCAAAGAGUGAGCCGGAACCGAAGAGUGAGCCAGAGCCUAAGAGCGAGCCGGAACCGAAGAGUGAGCCAGAGCCCAAGAGCGAACCGGAACCGAAGAGUGAGCCAGAGCCCAAGAGCGAACCGGAACCGAAGAGUGAGCCAGAGCCCAAGAGCGAACCAGAACCAAGCAGUGAACCUGAGCCUACAAGCAAACCGGAGCCGACUACAGCGCCCGAACCCAAGAGCGAACCGGAACCGAAGAGUGAACCGGAGCCAAAAAGCGAACCGGAAGCGCAAAGCACAAACAAGACUAAGAGAGUAGCCGGAGAUUUCACCCAAAAGCAAGGAGUCUCCUCCGUUUCCACCAGUGUUUCUUAUCGUGUUAGCACCAAAGCAGAUCGUCAACGCCGUGAUACAGAGUCACCCAAAUACCGACUUAAUCCGUACACACCACGACAUGAUUUCAACCCAAUGGACUGCACGGACAUCGUGAUUGGAGCAGCUCGAGGAAUGGCCAGCAGGGUGGGUGACUACUACUCCCGUGAUCGGUCAACGCCUCGCACCGAUGAAUUCUUCGGUGGCAAGUCUAAUCUUGCUUUGGGUACUGGCUUUGAAGAGAACGGCGUGACCACGAUCAUCUUCCGGAAGAAACUGGUAGCCAAUGAGCCCACCGAUCACACGCUCGAUGAUGCCCUGACCCAUGUGAUUUGGGCCAAGGGCCAGGAACCAAAAGGUUACGUGCACGUGCCAGCCUCCGGUCUGGAAACACAGUCCUCAACCGUCAAGGACUUCUAUAUGCCAGAUGAACUGAAAUACCAUGGACACCAAAUGCAACGAGGUGUCACGCAGAUCAAUUUCUUUGAAAAAGACAAACCAGCCACGAGCACGGACCGUAACGACCUUGGCACCAAUGUCCUGGAUAACGAUUGUUUCGGCCACUGGAAGUAUCCGUCCAACUGCUCACCCCAGGAGCAUACCUGCGAGUACUAUGCCAGCUGGGAGACGGUCGGAAAGGGCGACGAGAUGCGUUGGCACAUCGAGACGUCAAACACGCAGACCUGGACGGGAAUUGGCUUCAGCGAAGACCAGAGAAUGUCGCAGACGGACGCGAUCAUUGGCUGGGUGGACGGACGCAGUGGAAGACCUUUCCUCAUGGACACUUGGGUGCUAGGCUACUCUCCUCCGAAGCUGGACGAUCGUCAGGACAUCUACAACGCCUCCGGACGCAUCGAGAAGGGUGUCACCAUUCUAGAGUUCAAUCGCAAGCGUGUUAGCAAUGACGAACAGGAUUUGUCCUUCACGGACGACCACUGCCUGUAUCUGUUCUUCCCGGUUCUGGGCGGUGCCUUCAAUGUGGUCAACAAGAAGAUACGUAAGCAUGAGCAAGUUCCUCCAAUCUCUUCUCAACGUGUCUGCAUCAAAUCCUGUGGAAAGGAAUUAGAGUCAGUUUUUGUGGGCACCAGCACUCCGGCGCCCAGCCGUCUGGUCUACGCCGUGGCCGUAAAGCUGAUGAACCUGGGCGAAUCUUAUGAAGCUCCGAAGCCGGGAACCGUUGAGUUCAACAACCUGGCGGCCACCAUAUCGGAUUCAUUCAAUGGCAUCCUAAGUUCCCAGACUGGUUACUACAAAACGGAGAUUCUCGGAUUCGAAAAGGAGGGCAGUACCAUGGUAGCUAAGGUUCAGGCCAUGUUCGAUAAGGCGGAUGUGGAAAAAAAACACGAUUUAGAGACCAACACGGUGGAUAAAACAAGUGAGGCAGCAGCUCUGGACAACGCUGCUAAAAUUCGAUCGGCCCUGAAGGAUCACAUUGCCACCGGACGAGUGGGUUCACUAACGGUGGAUCCUCAGUACUUGGACUUCGAGGCAUUGGAAUACAAGAGCUCCUCUGAGCCCAAUGCCAAGGAGACACUACUCUCCUUCUUCGACCUCUCUGAGACACGAUUGUACAUCGUGCUUGGCCUUAUUGCGGCCCUGGUCCUCAUCGCCUUAAUCCAGGCCAUCUGCACCAUUUGGAAGACGUCACGAAAGAGCAAGAAUACCAAGGAGAAACUGAUCCAAAACUCGCCCUGGAAGGAGUUUGCCUCGAACACCAACUACGCCUUUGAUCCCUAUGGCGAGACGGAGGAGAAGAACAAUACCAACAGCACGUCGACUAAGGAGAAGGGACGCCACCGCCACCAGUCGACUACGAGCAGCCAGCAGACCACGCUUCCGAUGUCGCAUUCACCGACCAGCAAGUCACAGAUGUACUACGAGAGUCCUAAUGGUCAGGGCAAGAACGGCACCAAUGGAAAUGGCAGUCGCACCAAUGGACGAGCCACCCAGGAGAGCAGCGUUGGCGCAGCAGGCGGAGGAGCACCCUAUUCCCGCAGCUCCUAUGCGGAGCGAGCUUAUUCUCUGCCCCGUCAGGCGCAUCACUACCAACAGAGCCCGGCCAGCAUGCAGCCGUCGGGUUACUACACCCAUGACCGGCGUGCCGCUCGUCAGGGCAGCCGGGAUAGGGACCGGGAGCGGGAGAGGGAGGAGGAACGGCGCCGCCAGGACCGCGAUCGCGACUCUGGAUACGAUCGGUCGCGGGAUGAUCCGCGGCAGAACGGAGGAUCCGACACGCCCGACUUCUACUUCAUGCCCUCGCAGCGCAAGUAUUCCGGGGAGGUAGUACGCGUCUACGUGGACUACAACAAGGAUCCGAAGCACUAAAGCUCAAAACACAUCUUUUUAUUUAAAGCUCGUUUUAAGUUCUACCAUCUGUACUCCGUCCAUCUGUUUUGCGUCCGUUAAGUCACAGAAAAAGAAAUAUUUGAUACUAGAUCAUUUUUUUUCAAGAUAAGUAUAUAGGGUCCCAGAGAAAUCACUAGGGUUUGAAAGGCGUCUACAAGAGAGAGAAUUCUGAUGGCUCCACUUUGAAAGACAUUUAAAUAUUUUUUACUGCUUAUUUUUGGACACCUUAAUAGGUGUUUCAGCCAAGUGAUUUUUACGGCAACCACUUGUAUUUAAAGUGUUAUUUUUGAUAAUACCAAAAUAGUCUUUUCGAACUUAGAAUUCAGUUUAAUUUAAUAUUUUUCAUAUAAACAUCGAUAAUCAAUGUUGUUAAACUAAAUUCUAAUACUAUUUUAAAAUAUAAGUGUUUGACAAAAAUUGAUUUUAGCUAAAAUCAAAUUAAUUAUUCACAGUUCAAAUUAAUCUAAAAUUGAUCCAAUGGACAUCGAUCUAAUAUUUUUCUGUGCACUUUCGUUUCCUCCUCUCUUUAGUUUCGAUUUUGCCAUAAAGCAGCUCUGCUGCAGCGGCGUUUCCAGGUGCGCAGCUUUACCACAAAACGCACAACGCAUAAUUCCACAACUUAGUGAAUUGUAAAUAUUUUGCAUAGACAUUAAAGCAAUUACAACAAGAAACAAAACAAAGCCACACAAAUCACACAAAUUAUUAAGCAAACUUUGCAGUUAGGUACGUGCAUUCAGAAUGUUUUCGCAUUGUUUUAUUUUAUAUGUGCAAAGAAACAUAGUCACUGUAUUUAAUCAAAUUAAAUAUACGCAUAGUACAUAUAAAUAAAGUUAAGUACAUUAAAAAAUCCAA